CCAGAGCCUAAAUGGUCUAAUGGAUGGUUAACUAAUUUCAAGAAUCGCUUCUAUAUCAAGGAAUACGUCUGCUAUAGCGAAGGGGGUAUGGCAGAUAUCGAUAGCCCUGAGAAUAUUAAGCAAAUGCAGGAAAAUCGAGACUUGGCAGCCAUAUAUCCUCCUGAAAAUAUCUUAAAUAUGGAUAAGACUGGUUUAUUCUGGAAACUGUUACUAAACCGUAUACUAGUAACUGAGGCUAGUAAUAGAGGCAGAAAGAGUAAAGACCGAAUUACUCUUACUCUUACGGUUAAUACUACGGGUACUAAUAAGUAG